AUGUCACUCCUUGCUCCAAUCAUCUGCGACAAUGGCACCGGCUUUUCGAAAGUUGGGUUCGCCGGAAACUCCGAUCCCUCAUUUGUCUUCCCCACAGCAAUCUCAACGAGAGGCCCUGCAACCCAAUCUGCGCGCUCUGGUCCAGCAGUACCCCCAAGGCCCGGACAUCUCGCUUCCAAACGCGGGGUCGAAGACCUUGACUUCUUCAUCGGCGACGAGGCCCUCGCGAACGCGCAGACACCUGGCUAUGGCGUGUAUUAUCCCAUCCGUCAUGGGCAAAUCGAGAACUGGGACUACAUGGAGCGUUAUUGGGAACAGACGAUCUUCAAAUAUCUGCGCGCGGAACCAGAGGAUCACUAUUUCCUUCUGACUGAGCCUCCACUGAAUCCGCCGGAGAAUCGAGAACAGACUGCGGAGAUCUUCUUUGAGUCCUUCAACAUCAAGGGCCUGUAUAUCGCCGUGCAGGCUGUACUCGCACUCGCAGCCUCAUGGUCAUCGAACAGAGUCACAGAUCGCACCCUCACGGGUACCGUCAUCGACUCCGGAGACGGUGUCACGCACGUCAUUCCAUGCGCGGAGGGUUAUGUCAUCGGAAGUGCCAUCAAGCACAUCCCCAUCGCUGGCCGUGAUAUAUCACAGUUCGUCCUAAAUUUGAUGCGUGAGCGGGGGGAGAUGGCGUCUGUGCCUCCAGAGGAUCAACUCAAGGUGGCAGGGAAGGUGAAGGAAAACUUCAGCUAUGUCUGCCAGGAUAUCGUGAAGGAGUUUAGGAAGUACGAUGCGGAGCCCUACAAAUACUUCGAGAGGUAUGAGGGCGAGUAUACUGUCACUGGCAGGAAAUACGCGGUUGAUGUUGGCUAUGAGCGGUUCCUGGCCCCUGAAAUAUUCUUCAACCCCGAGAUUUUUUCCUCUGACUUCCUCACGCCAUUACCAGAAAUUGUCGACGGUGUCAUCCAGCAGUCCCCGAUCGAUGUGCGGCGAGGACUUUACAAGAACAUCGUCUUGUCUGGUGGCUCGACCAUGUUUCAACACUUCGGACAGCGUCUGAAGCGUGAUUUGAAGCAGCUCGUCGACCGUAGGCUGGAUGCCAGUGUUGUAGCGAGUGGUAGUCACCUGCGGUCAUCCGGCGUCGAAGUGGAAGUCAUCUCCCACAAGCGCCAGCGCUACGCAGUCUGGUUCGGCGGCUCUCUCAUGGCGUCCCUUCCUGAGUUCUACUCCUUUUGCCACACCAAAGCGCAGUACGACGAGAUCGGUCCCAGCAUCUGCAGACGGUACCAGAUCUUUGGGAGCGCGACUUAG